CGUCUUCGGGCGAAGAUCGGUUCAUCUGGCGAAUUAAAAGCAGACGCAGCACGAUGCCAAAAGAAUCACACAGCGAGGAUUUAUGUGCCUCAGAUAUACUAAAACUGUUGGAAGAAAUACGACAACAGCUUGCUCAGAGCAUUUUGAGAUGCUGUCCAGAAGACGUUACACCAAGACCCGAGUCCUUCCGUUCGCUGGGCGAGAAGUUGUCCUCCCUAGGACACACUUGGAAUGCAGAACUCGACAAGAUUGAAGCCCUUAACGAAGCCAUGCGAGGAUCCGGCGUGAUGGCCGAAUUCGAAGAGGAGAUCUUGAUGCUUCGCCAGGAUUUCGACCCCUUGAACAAGGAACUGGAGCGGAUUGUUCCCUUGCUAAUGAUGGCGGACAAUCCUGUAGCUCAUCUCUAUUCUCAAAGGAAAUACUUCAGUUCAGAGGAAUUAAGGACAAAAUCUAUGGCUGAGUUAAUGUACAUACUAGAAUGUCGGAGGGAAGAAUUAACACAAAUACAAGGUGGACUGGUAAGACUGGAGGAUUUCAGAAAAUUCGAGGACGACAGCGAAAAGCUAAUGCUUCAAAUCUCAAAAGCAAUACCUCAAGCACAGUCUUUGAGAAGAAGGCUCCAGAUCAAGAAACAGACGCUUGAUGGAAACAUUAGAGUCAUCUGUCGAGUGAGACCAGUUGUCCCAAAUGAUAAGAAGAUGGGAAACAAUGGCGCUGAAUCCAGCGCAAUGAAGCUCCUGGCUGGCGAUAAGAUCGAAGUCACCCGCUGUCACGGAGGGAGGAACAAGACGGACAGCUUCUCUUUUGACAAGGUCUUCGGGCCCACACAUUCACAGGAAGACGUUUUCACAGAGUUUGCCGAGUCUCUCGACUGCCUUUUCGAGGGGUACAAUUUAUGCUUCUUCCUCUACGGACAGACUGGCUCCGGUAAGACCUUCACACUAGUUGGCAGCCUAGGUGCUGCUGACGAGGGGCUGUUGCCCAGAAUGACCAAGUUGCUCUAUCGACAAAUUCAGAAAUACCAAGGCAGCGGCUGGCAAAUCAAUGCCACACUUGGCUGUUUUGAAAUCUACGACAACAAGGUCGUGGAUCUGCUCGACCCCCUAAAAAUCAAGGAUCAAAAAGUCGGCUUGAAGUUGGGGCACGCCAAUGACCCAUUGGUCAAUCUCACCCGUCUGGGAGUCUGGAAAGCCGAGGACGCACUCCGGGCAGUCAGAGGAGCUUUGAAACACCGAGCAACCGGUCGAAACGAAAUUAACGAGACAUCAUCAAGGUCACACUUCGUCUUCACACUGACCCUCAAAGGACUCGACGAAUCCAGAAGGCCUUUCGAGGCUGCUCUCAGCUUUGCCGAUUUGGCUGGGACCGAGGACCAGAAUCAAGCGAAAGCAACGGGCAAAGCCCGGCAGGAAGCCAUCUGUAUUAAUGUCGAGCUCUUCGGACUUCGAAGUCUCCUCAAGGACGUGGCUGCAGGGAACAAAGUCGGAAGAUAUAAGGGCCAGCUUCCAAAGCUCUUUCACCAAUUGCUUGAGAAGAGCUGCAUUGCAUUCAUGGUCGUGAACGUUUCGCCCUGCAAUGGACAUAUCAACUCUUCGUUUCACUCACUCUCCUUUGCAAAGGAGGUUGCCGAAUGUAAACUCCCGAGGCAGAACUAAGUUCUAAGAUUUUGUAUAGCAAUCUUUCUUACAUGAUUGACUUUCUGUUAUCACUAGGAUUAUCAUUAAUAGGAUUAUUAUUAACUAGGUUUCAGUUUUAUUUCUUUUUCACAGUAAGGAUGGUAGUUGUUUAAAUCGUUCAUCUAGGCCUCAGUUAUUUCAAUGGUUACCAUUCUCUUUGUUCAUUUAACAAAAAUAAAAAUAUAAAAAAAUUAGAAGUGUUCUUUUUCUACUUAUCCCUAAGGAAUAUUAAUAAACAAACAAAUAGAUAACAUAAAUCACACUUGGACAAAUAUAAAGUACAUAAACGGAAUUAAAAAUGUAUAUAUUUUUUCCCAGAAAGUUUAUUGAAUAUUCAAUUCAGUCUUAUGAAUGUGCUUACGAACUUGCUAAAAUACAAAUACAUUAUGCAUUCAUAUAUUUGUACAAAUUGACAUAAAUAUUUUCUAUUAUAAUACUUGUAUGACCUAUUUUCUUAUUUGUAUAGCAAACUUAAGAAAAAUUAAAAGAAGAAUGUUCUAACUGAUGAUCUGUGAAACUGUUCAUGAUUUAAAAUGCCAAUAAAAUCAUUGUCUCUU